AUGGCGGGCAAUCCUUUCAGGAAGUCACAGUUCCUGUCGCUCGACGUUUCUGCGGCGCGUGAGGCAGCGGGACUCGAGGCUAGUCAGAGUCCGCCAGUAGCAACUUCCACAAGCACUCAGGCCAAGACAAAAGGGAAGGUGCAGAAGAAGGUUCGCAUACAGAGUCCAGUCAUCUCGCCGGACUCUCCCGCCGCCUACCGCGAUCAACAUGACCCCUUCGACUCAUACCUCAACCCUGUGGGACAGCCUGCACUACCAACGACCGAAGAGCAAGACAUAGACGUAGCGCGCGAGCUGCGCAAGUCCUUCAUAGACUCGCUGGCACGAGGAGCCACCGUCCCGAAUAGAGAAGCCUCGCAGCCUGCUGCACCGAUAGCUCCACCGAUAGCUGCAGCUCCAGCUCAAUCCCCAGCUCAAGCUCCCGUUCCUGCACCAGAAAGAAUGGAAACAUCAUCUCAGUCGGGGCAGCAAGCACCAUACAACCCCUUUGCUCGAACGCUGGCCACAAUCGAUCCUCAGAAUGCCGCCUCGGCCCCCGUCGGUCUCUCGAGGGACACAUCCGCUGCUUCCGCUAAGCCGGCCAUGGACGUCGAUGCCUUCACGCGCAUGCUCCUGACAGGCAACACUCCAUCUGCAUCACCAGGACCAAUGACUCCCUCAGCUGGCCUUCCGUCUGCUGCUACCAACUCACUCGGAGACCUGCACCCCGAGUCCCCGCCUGCUUCCGACGACGACGAACAUCAUGAUGGACCUCCGGAACCCGACUACGAGCAAUUGACAGGCUUGGUCAGGACACCGAAUACCCACUCGAAGAAGUCCAAACCGCCGCCUCCUGCACAUCACCAUGGCAAAGCUCUGUCCACUCCUAACAAAGGCCCGCAAACUGUCUCAUUCGCCGACUUUGACGUCUCCGCAACCCCCCCUGCUCUCCCUUCACCAUCAAUCGCCUCGCCGAAGCCACAACUCGCCCGAUCUCCGAGUGAUCUGAACAAACCACUACCUCCACCUCCUCCGCCGCAUCACUCGCCUAGUCCAGAUAAAGCUCCCUCCAUCUCAGAGCAAUUUGAUGGACCUGCUCAGUCACCACAACUGCCUGCCGAGGACUUUAGCAUCAGCUCGAAAAGACCUCCUCCGAUCCCGUUGUCACGCAGAAGCAGUCAAAUGAGAAGCUCAAGCGGCCGGCCUCGCAGCAGCUCCAAUCUCUCACGAUCAUCCAUCCCCGAUGACUACUCAGAUGGCACAGCAACACCACCAGUGAAACCUCCUCCGCCUCCGGCAAGGCGAGGACCUCAUUCUGUAGAAACAGACCUACCGGCUCCUUCAGCACGACCACCGCUUCCACCACCACCCCGACACACGAAACAGCGACCUGCGAGUAUCAGCCGUACGCCAUCCACAAACUCCACGCAUUCACUGAAUAAAGCCAACAUGCCUCCACCUCCCCCACCAAGACGAGGCGAAAACAAGCGACGAAGUUUGGAUGGCACAUUGCUGAGCGCUUCUGUCCCAAGUUCACGUCGCAUGAGCGACACCAGCCGCCGAUCAAGUGGAGCCAGCAUUUACUCAGUUGGAGGCAGGGCACCGUCUAUCUCAUCCAUUCCCACGGUUGAUGAAGGUGACUCGGGUGAAGAUAGGAGUUUCACUGCUACUCCGCAACCCCAGACUCCACAUGUUGGUGACAAUGGUGCUGGUAGUGCAACAACAGGAGGCCAUGACAUCUUGGCCGAUAUGAAUGCCAUGCAAGCUGAAAUUGAUGCGCUGAUGGCGAGGUCAAAAGGCGGCUCUUGA